UCAGGAGGAAAACGAAACGUACUACGACAUAAGGUGAAAAAUAGCUGCAAUUAUCAAGAUGUGUGGUUGAUACCAGGACGAGCAGACGCAUCCUGCACUCGUCCUGGUGCGAAACGAGUACUUGAGAUCAAUCCUGGACAGAUCCGUAUCAAACCAGAUGUCGUCCGACUUCCCGGCUGUUUCACCCUUGAGAUCAAGAAUUUACGGGUUAAAGACGAAGCGGAAGCGAUCGGUAACUCGUUUUUCGCCAAGGCCGAGUAUCAAUGGUGGAACGUGAAAGACUUCUCUAAUCUGAAAUGUCAAAACGCUUCAAACAAUGGUUGUGGCGGUUACGGCAAUAAUUGCUAUUAUUGCGACGUAUGCCGUGCUUUGGCUGAGAUCGAUCAAGGUCACGUAGACAUGUCAGAUUCGAUCGCAAGCCAACUGCGAGGAAUCAGAUGCCCGAAACGGCCAGGUCUUUAUACAUUCAGAAAGGAGUUCUGCUUCAAUGAUUGGGCCGCUUUCGAUACGGACGGUGACUGUGAAAUGGAUUUCCUACAAGGAGACAAAGAGAGCUCGAAGAGCGACGGUCGCACUUGGGACGUGAACAAUGGUCAAUUCGACAAAUUCAGUCAGUGGUACAUCGAAUACCGGAAGAAUAUUUGGCAUAAG